UCAGAAAUUUCUGCCACCUUUAAAUGGCGCUAUACUCUUGAAACCGGGACUUCCUGUUUCAAUCCUUUAUUGUAUCAAGAAAACGAAAGGAUCCGAUUCGAGUCCCAAAAGGUUUCGCAAUCAAAGAUCUGGGGAAUCCCAAUCUUAGGUUUAGGGUUCUAAACAAUCUCAACGGAUUUCGCGCGAAAAUAUGGAUUACGAUGGUCAAAGAGGGUCGGCAACGGCACCGUCGACGAUGUUGGCUUCUCUGCUUAAUAGAAGAGCCAAACUCCAAGAAGAGCUUCGAAACAUUGAAAGACAAGUGUAUGAUAUGGAAACGAGUUAUUUACAGGAUCCCAGCCAAUGCGGCCACGUUUUGAAAGGUUUUGAGGGAUUCCUCUCUUCAUCCAAGAAUACUGCGCUAUUGAAGCGGUCCAGGAAGUUCCAGCCUGAAGAUAGGCUAUUCUCGUUGUCUUCUGUCACUUCACCUGCGGCCGAAGAGGUUGCUGCUGGUAGAGAUGAUGGGAAAUCGUAUUACGGUGCAGGUCGGUCAAAGGGUGGAGGUUACUUUGCCAAUGGGCAAGGAAAGCCAAAAAAGGGCAGAGCUAGAGAAGCGAAGAGACUGCGACACUCGAGUGAGCCAGAUUUUGACUAUGAUGAUGAUCCCGAUGUCACAUUUUGAAACCAACUUCGAUCUGAUGAAAAACAAUCCUUAGAGUACGAUGUUAUUUAAAUGGUUUUGAACUUUACUUUUUCAUGGUGCUCAAACUGAAUCAGGGGGUACAUAAUGUUACAUUGUCGAAUGGCAGCUUGUACAGUUGAAAGCCUGUUUCUCAGCUAGAUUUAGGCAACAAGUUUCCCCGUUUAUUUAAUAGUAUUACAGAUGACAUUCACACUUUAAUGUCGAUAUUACGUUUUUUUA